GUCUGUUAUUCUUUACCUUCUUGACGUUUGUUCUUGAAUUGGACCUCUACUAUACUUAUUAUGUUUACUUUAUUUUAUAUAGAGCCUCCAAAGUUCACACGAAAACCUGACGGUGUGUCAGUGGUGAAACCUGGGCAAAGUAAAACAUUUGAAUGCCAGGUGACUGGAACUCCAGAGAUUGAUAUAUACUGGUUCAGAGAUGGGAACGAGAUAAGUCCUAGUGACAAAUACAAGAUGAUCUUUGAUAACAACAUAGUAACCCUAGAUAUUUGUGGUGCUGAUACUAAGGACAGUGGAAUAUACUAUUGUGAAGCCCGUAAUGAAGCCGGUAGUGAAAGCUGCAAUAUGGAAUUGAAAGUGAAAGAGCCACCAUCCUUUGUUAAACAGUUAUCAGCUGCGGAUAUUGUGAAGGGCUCAAAUGCCUCUUUAGAGUGCCAAGUCAUUGGCACAGGUCCGUUUGAGGUCAUGUGGCAUAAGGAUUUAAAGGAAAUUAAAUCCAGCACAAAGCACAGUUUCUCACAAGUACAGGACAUUCUGAAUCUUGAGAUACAGAAAUGUGAUGGUGUAGAUGUUGGUGAAUACCAGUGUACCGUCUCAAAUGAGGUUGGAAGUUGUUCUUGUAGAACUACACUUCGUAUAAAAGGUUAGUUACUUAAAACAUAUACUCUUGUGAUAGAUUACGUAACUUCCAUGAUGACAACACAUUCUUACUUUAAAUAACUAAUAAUUGUUCCUUGGUUUGAUGUUAGAUCGACCAUCAUU